AUGUUAAGAAAUGCUUUAAUAAGUUUACCACGAGCAAAUUUUCAGAUAAUUGUUAUAAGGAAUGUACAGAAACGAUACCCUAAAGUUGACAAAAAGUUACAGGCUGCUGCUGAAUCUUUAGCCGCAAGAGGAUUUCUACGACCAAAUAAACCCUGGGAACCCCCAGCAAAUAUAAAUGAAACCAUCCUUAAAAUUUGUGUAGACCAUGGUCUUAAGUCCGAUUCAGAGUUUGAAAGUCUUGAUGUUAAAUUUAAUGUCUUGAAAGCAUGUUUUGAUGAAACUGGAUAUGGUGUUCCAAAUUCUCUACUGCACACUAUAGAAUGUGUUGAGGACCUACAGGUAUUUUAUGAAACACCUGUUAAUGUCUUAACUCCAUUUGAUGCUUUAAAGAAGAUGGAAUUACCAAAGAAUUUGCAUGUACAAGAAGAUUAUGUUCGCUUUCAUCCUGACAAAGAUACCUUAUUCAAUGGACUGUCUGCAUACCCCAAGAGCUCUACCAUUGUUUCUGGCUUGAAGACGAGAAAGAAGUAUGAAGGUUAUUCUGCCAAGACUACCUGGCCC